CACCGCUGUUGGUGUUUGCAUGGGAAGCAGAUUCGUCUGGUGAGAUGCUUGAUUCUAGAGGGUUAUGCAAAUUUGGUAGUGAAGGAGAGGGAGGACACGCAGUCGAAAUACUCGGAGUCAACCUUCUCGAGCGCUCGCUGCCUGCUCUCUGCAUUUUUCUUCUCAUAUGCCGCCAUUUCCACGGCCGAAUCAAACGAAGCCAGAAUUUGGUUGACCGAAAUGGUAGAGGCCGGCGGCUUCGUAGAACGUUUUCUCUAUUAGGAUAA